AUGGGAGGAUUUCUGUCACAUUUGAAACCGGAACAAAACUCGAAAAUUUUGAAUUCGACCUGCGGUCCUAUUCGAAGAAAUAUCUAUGAACAUGGUGAGAAAAUUGUGGAUGGAUAUCUAGGAAUUCCAUUUGCCAAAGCCCCAAUUGGAGAACUUCGAUUCAAAAAACCAGUUGAAGCUGAAAAAUGGACGGAGCCACUGGAUUGCUAUAAAUAUGGACCCGGAUGUCCACAAUCUGGAUAUCUCGGUGCUACGUUAGUUCCAAAAGGUUAUGUUGAGCUGAAUGAGGACAACUGUUUAACUCUCAACGUUUUUGCUCCAAGAUGGAAGGUUACUGAAUUGCCAAAAGGUCUCCCUGUGAUGGUUUAUUUUUACGGUGGAGGUUUUGAAAUUGGAUUCUCAUCUCUUUAUAACGACUACUCGCUAACUGGAUCUCUCCCACUCAAAGAUGUAAUUCUAGUCACAUCCAAUUACCGUGUUGGACCACUUGGUUUCUUCACUACCGGGGACGACGUGGCACGUGGAAACUAUGGUUCAUGGGAUCAGACUAUGACUCUUCAAUGGGUGCAAAAACAUAUCAAAUCAUUUGGAGGUGAUCCAGAUAAUGUAACAAUUUUCGGAACAAGUGCAGGUGGAGCUAGCGUGGAUUUGUUAUCACUGAGCCCACACUCUAACAAGUAUUUCCAUAGAUUCAUCCCAAUGUCAGCAACUGCAUACUGUCCAAUUUCUAUUCGUUCAAAGGAUGUUGAAGCAUUGGUUUUCCGAGAGUUUGCUAAGCAUCAUGGUUACAUAGGGGAAGAUUCUAAAAGUCUACUGCAAUGGUACCAAUCUCAAGAUUCCGAAAAAUUCCUUGAUGUUGCCAAUUUUAAUAGACCAGCUUCCGGAUUCAUGUCCUUCGUUCCAAACUUUGACGGAGAUUUCUUUCCGAAACCAUUCGACGAGUUGAGAAAAGAAGCUCCAAAAUUCGAUGCAAUUGUUUCAGUUACAGAAUAUGAAGGACUAGGCUUUCUAUCACUCUUUCCUAAUCAAGAAACACCCGAACAAAUUUUAGCUGCAGCUUUCGGAAAAGAUAUUGUUGAAAAUAAUGCAUAAAACGAGUGAAGGAAUUUUAUUUCAAAAAUAUUGACAAAGAUGAUAAAGUCAAUAUUGAUAAGAAAACGACGGAAUUAGUUGGUGACUACUAUUUCAAUACAGGGGCAUUGGCUACUGCUAAGUCUUUAACUAAACAUGGUAGCAAUGUAUAUCUCACUUCUUUCAACUACUACAAUCCUGAAAACCAAACUCCUACCGCCGAAAAUCUACCAUUUAAAGCAGCAUCUCAUGGCUCUGAUCUGAGAUAUAUACUUGGAGAUGACCCAGGAAAGUUUUUGGAUGAAGAACUCAAAAUUAUGGAUAUGAUGUGCACGUUUCUAUCAAAUUUUGAAAUUAUUUUGCGAUCGAAAAGCCUCGUCCUCUGAAAUGUGAAAAUUAUUUUAGGGGGACAAAAUCGUGAAUGGAUAUCUCGGAAUUCCAUUUGCCAAGGCUCCAAUCGGAGACCUUCGAUUCAAAAAAUCAGUCGAAGCUGAAAAAUGGACGGAACCACUGGAUUGCUAUAAAUAUGGACCCGGAUGCCCACAGUCAGGAGCCCUUGGAACCAUGAUGGUUUCACAAGCUACUAAUCAUGAUUUCGCUGAAGAUAAUUGCUUGAACCUCAACGUGUUUGCACCAAAAUGGAAAUCUGCCGAAUUCCCAAACGGUUUUCCUGUAAUGGUUUACUUCUAUGGUGGAGGUUUCGAGGUUGGAUUCUCAUCGAUGUUUGAUGAUUAUUCUUUAACUGGAACUCUUCCACUUAAAGAUGUAAUUCUAGUCACUCCCAACUACCGAAUUGGACCUCUCGGAUUUUUCGCUACUGGAGAUGACGUGUCACGGGGAAACUGGGGAUUAUGGGAUCAAGCUUUGGCUCUACAGUGGGUACAAAAGCAUAUCAAAUCAUUUGGAGGAGAUCCGAGCAACGUGACGAUUUCUGGGACAAGUGCCGGUGGAGCAAGUGUUGAUUUCCUGUCUCUGAGUCCACAUGCUAAUAAAUACUUCCAUAAGUUCAUUCCUAUGUCUGGUGCGGCGACCUGUCCAUUUGGUAUCCGUUCGAAAGAUGUUGAGGGAUUAAUUUUCCGAGAGUUUGCCAAGCACCAUGGCUACGCCGGAAAUGAUUCCGAAAGCCUAUUGCACUGGUAUCAAUCUCAGGACGCUGAGAUAUUCCUUAAAGCGGAAGGAUUCAAGUGCCCAGCUUCUGGCAUGUUUUCCUUUGUUCCAAACUUCGACGGAGAUUUCUUCCCAAAACCAUUUGACGAGUUGAGAAAAGAGGCACCGAAACUUGGUGCCAUCGUUUCAAUUGGUGAAUAUGAAGGACUUGGUUUUGAAGACUUCUAUGCUGGCCAGAAAACCCCUCAACAAAUGCUAUCAGCAGCUUUGGGUCCUGAUGUUGUGAAGAAUAGGGAAGAAGUUGUCAAGAAAGCUGAAGAAUCUUAUUUAAAAAAUGCUGGAAACGGAAAUGAAAAAAACGUUGCAAAGACAUUAGUUGAGAUAUAUGGAGACUACUACUUCAGUGUGGGAGCAUUUGAUACUGUUCGAUCACUUGUCAAGUAUGGAAAUACUGUAUAUUUGUAUUCUUUCAAUUAUUUCAAUCCGAACACUCCAAUUGUGUUUGGCAAAAACAGGCCGUUCAAUGCAGGUAAUCAUGGUUCUGAUUUAAGAUAUAUUUUUGGAGAAGGGACUGGAGAGUUUUCGAAAGAAGAUAGGCAGGUUAUGGAUAUGAUGGGAACUUAUCAAACAAAUUUUGCAAAAUAUGGCAAUCCAAAUGGAAAAGGUGUAUCGGUUCCAUGGGAAAAGUACAGUCUUGACAAUCCAGGAAGAUAUUUCAAGAUUGAUUAUCCAAAAUGUGAUAUGGCUGACAAUUUCUUGGAUGGAAGGUACAAGAUUAUAG